UGCUCGCGGGGCCGGCAGGCAGCUGGGCGGUUGGCGAAGGCGUUGGGAGGAGGCGCCGCGCCCGGUGACCCGCGUCCCUCAGCGGCGGAGGCGCAGAGUUGAAUUGUGGAAGAGUGGACUUGUUGACAUUCAACCAAUUUGCAGUGCUCCUCUGGAAAAAUUUCACUUUAAAGUUCGAGGGUUUGCUUCAGAAAUGGAGUUUGAGAAGUAUGUUAAGUAUGACUCUGGAUCUCAUAAAAUACUGGCUGCCAUCAUUUUCGACUGUAACUUCAAAAGCAGCAGUGAUCCUCUGCCACUUCAGGUAACGACAUACACCAGGAGAAUCAAGGGAUUAUUGGCUACCACAUUCAAAAAAAGGAAAUCUGCUGGGAAAAGGUGUUUAGGAUUUUGGAAGAAGCUAAAGCACUAUUCAAUCUAGAAGACUAUUCUGUCAGAUAACACUGGAACAAAUAUUCCUGACCAUUGCUAAUAUUGAUAAAACAAAAUACUCAAAUAAACCUGCUAUGAGAUUCA